AUGCAGUUGACACGGCCCCCUUGGCUCCUCCGGUUCCGUUCAUCAACGGUCUUUAUCAUUGCGACAGUUUGGGUCUCCUCGUUCACAGGCUACUUUCUCUAUGCAAUGGUGGUGCCGAUCCUCCCAACAGCCCUGGCUGAACGAGCGCAUGUUCCAUAUCAAGACCGUGGCUACUGGGUAAGCCUGCUCCUAAUGAGCGAAGCCUUGACAGCGUUCCUCUGCUGCCCGCUCUUUGGCUACCUUGUCGACAUCGCGCCUACCCGACGUCUCCCCUACCUCCUAGGCCUGAUCUUCCUCGGUGCCUCAAUGGGCCUCCUGGCUAUUGCCAAGACAACGGUCAUGUUUGUGAUCGCACGCCUUUUGCAAGGUGGCGCGACGGCUAUGGUCGCUGUGGCGGGCCUCGCACUCCUCACGGACUCCGUUCCGCUCGAUAAUUUAGGGCAGACCAUUGGGUAUCAGGGGUCUGCCGUUGCGCUGGGGUUUCUGCUUGGUCCGUUGUUAGGUGGUAUUGUUUAUGAUAAAGCAGGGUAUGAUGUUGUUUUUCGGAUGGCAUUUGCACUUGUGGGUUUGGACCUGGUCAUGAGGGUUGCGAUGAUUGAGCAAGGAGUUGCUGCUAAGUGGACUAUCACGAACCCUUCCGCUGCGACUUCAGAGGAGACUAUCCUAUCUUCUCAGGGAGAUGCCGGAUAUCAAACCUUUGCGGAGGCCCAAGAAACUGAGACCGGGUCCGGUGAAUCUACACUCACAGAUGGGCGAUCUCAGGACUACGAACAGAAAUUUGAAAAUGGGGAUGCCCAGUCCCCAACGUUCUUCCAGAUCGCAAAACAGCCCCGGGUCGUCAUCUCUUCGUUUGGUCUUCUUGUCCAAGGCCUCUUAUUCUCCGCUUUCGAUGCCACAAUACCCAUCUUCGUCGAAACAACAUUCAACUGGACACCCCUAGGCGCAGGCCUCGCCUUCCUCCCAUCGGCUCUAACAGCGCUAUUUGAGCCAUUCUUCGGCCCACGACUCCCAGCAUUCACUUCCUUCUUCAUUCUCCCUUUCCCUCUCAUGUCCCUCGCCUUCGUCACCACAAACUCCCCCGCCAUGAUCUCCCUCCUCCUAACCCUCCUAACCCUAAUCGGUCUACUGAUCAACUUUGCAACACCGGCUCUCUUCGUUGAAACACAGGAUGUCCUUGUGCGGCUACAACAGUCAGUGCGCUCCCCGCUCCUCUCCACCCAAGAUCGAACCCAGACCCAAAUGAAGCGGGAUGAGAGCCAAAGUCGGAAACAGAGCCAAGUCAAAGGCAUAGCUCGAGCGUUCGGCAUACAAACGAUGGCACAGUUCCUGGGCAUGCUCUUAGGCUCAUUGUGGGGAGGGUUUGUAGAGUGGCGGUUCGGCUGGAAGACCAUGGUUUAUUCGCUGGGUGUGCUGUGUUUUGCUACAAGCUGGAUGAUGUUAGGGCUUGGAGAAGAUGUGGGUGGGUACGGGACGAAGAACGGGGCCGUGGAUGCGGAAGCUGGUACAGAUACCGACGGCCCUGACAGGGUGUCUUGGUUUAGGAGGAUGGAUUUGCGAACUCGAACGAUCUGGGGAAACAUGAAGAGGGGCUGGAAUGGGAUCCCGGUACUUGGGAGGCAGGUUAACUCUGGGGCACAAACUGUAGAUGGAGACACUGAGAGGGAAGGACUUUUGGCGGGAAGUGGGAGGGAGUAA